AUGGAAAACAAUACCAUUUCAGAAGAAUUUAGUGGUGGUAGUGGUGAACAAGCCUCUUUACCAUUACUUACAGGUUUAUCAUAUAAAAGUUCAAAAGCACUGCAGAACAAUUUAAUAAACUUAGCAACCACACCAAACACUGAAUCCUCAUCUAACCUUCCACUAUUAUUAAAUAAUAUCAAUGAUGAUGAUGAUGAUAUAAAGGUUUCCGAGUGUUCUAAUGAUGAUAAAUUAACAUCAAUUUUUUCAACAAUGAAUUGUUCAUCAUCAUACUCAUUACUUAAUGGGUCUGUUGGUGAAUUGAUGUUGAUGAAACUUUAUUCAUCUCAUAAAGAAUUCUCAGUUAUUAUAAAAUUAUUGAUUUUUAAAAAGGCAACACUAUUAAUUCCAGCAACAACAUCAAUUGAUUCAUUUGAUAUAAUAGAUAUGAAAUUUAUGCAGGAUCAUGUGAUAUUUACAUUACCAAUUGAUAAUGGAGGGCUUAAAUUUGUGACAUUAAGUGGAGUAAGAGGUUUCAUUCAAAACAAUGUUUUAAAGGUUAUGGAUUUAAUAUCUGAACAUUUACCAAUAUUAUCAAAUAAUAAUUCAUGUCAUAAAGGGUCCAAAGAUAUUGUUGAAGAUAUUAAUAUUAAACAAGAAAUGGAUAAAAUUACAAAAUUACCUGAUUUACCAGAAUCACCAUUAGAAGAUAUCAGAAGUUAUGGUGAUGAUAAAUAG